CACGCCGCCGCAGCCCCUUGCCUCCCCGGUUGCCUGCACGCCGCCGGAACUGCAUCGCCUCACGCCGCCGCACGCCGUCGCAGCCCCUUGCCUCCCGUGUUGCCUGCACACCGCCGCCGCGGACGUGGACGCAUGCGGGGUGGCCGACGGCGAACGAAGCCACACGUGUGCCCCGGGCGCGGCGGCGCGGAGCCCCCUGCCGGUUCGAGAUCCGCACUGAUUUCCUCCAUGUCGUCGUCGUGCUCCCUGCUGCCAGCUCCGCCCUCCUCCGGCCUAUCUCCUCGGCAACGGGCUGCUCCAUCCAUCGGUACCUAGAAGCCGAGAGGUUCGCUUCCUUCUACUACGAUGGCCACAUCGCUGCAACCGAAACUCCACCAUUGUCCUGCCACCGACCCAGUGCUACUCCAUUCCAUCUGAACAAGGAAUGACAAGGCCUUUGAUGUCGUCAAGGUCAGUACAGGUACAUGCUUUAUUCAAUUGAUUGACGCCUUUCAAGUUUCAACAGAUACAACUUAUAUAUUAGUGCUUGAAAAAGUUGAGCACGAGUAUACAGUUUCAGAAUGUGAUGGUCCUCUGUAGAAAUCAAGUUCCAGCAAAACGCUGAAUCGUGUGCGUUAGGUUAUCCAGGCAGGUUUCUUUCCUUUAUCAACUGACUGACAAUAUAGUAUUGAGGAGCAUACAUUCACCAGAGAUGCAACUGUUCUAAUAGAAACUUCUUCGUUACUAACAAUUGUUGUACUAGACUCACAACAUAACAUUUCAUAAAACAUAUCAAGUUCCUACAAAUCAUACAUCAUUAACCACACAAACAGGGGAACCGUCGAGGCCUUCAGCUAACUUCGGUAAAUUCAUAUCAAUACAAACUCAUGAAGAAUAUUCGUUAGAGAAAUAUUAGUGUUGAAAUCAAAGACUGUGUUCUGCUUACCUGAAGGAACCAAAGAAUCCGAGUCCAUCAGCAAUCCAGUAUCCUCAAGCAUCAUUGACAUGUGUUCUUUUGUACUGCUCUUUUCAUUGUCGCUCAUACAGGUUGCCGGCCGGGAAGACGCGUGGUAAUGCCGGCCAAGACAAGAACAAGGGAAAGCUGAAGUCCCAGGGAUGUCCGUGUUCAUCAAAGGUGCUCUCUUUUUUCCAUUUUUCUUUUUCUGUACUUCAUCCUAGAUAGGUGACUACUAAUUUCCAUGUCUACUGGGAGGAAGAAUGUUGGUGGGCAAACCUUUCUCACUAUGUCAAUCACAUGCUUUGUGUAACUCAUAUAGUGAAUCCCUUUUAUCCCCUUUAAGCUAUCAAAUCAUAAGACAUAGACUAUUUGUAUUUUAUUUGAAAUAAUCUGCUCUCAUAGUGCAGGAAAACAUCAUGAACAAAGCCAAAAGAUUUAAUUUAAUAAGAAGGAACACCAUGAUUUGGUGGAGAAGACGAAAGGCUUUGUGUGGAAAAUUAGGUUCGAAACUAAAAUAUAGAUUCUAAAGUGCUCUUUUGGCUGCUACUGCUCUAUGCUUCAAAUUCCUUUUAUAAAAUAUACAAUAAUGAUGCACCUCUGCAGAUAUAUUACAUAUUACAUAUUUCAGACGAAACAUGUACUGGUUGUUACUGCUAGACUUCCAUUUCAGUCGAAACAUGUACUUGCUGGCAUCUCAAUUAUUAGGCUCAAAACACUACUUUCUCCAUGUCAUUUAGUUUUGCUUCCACCUAAAAAAAUAUUAUUAUUCGCAAUAGAACAUAUUUAGUUGAAAAAACCCUGUAAAUAUUGGACCACUACUUUGAUAAUUAUUUUGCUUCCACCUAUACUAGCUGACGCUUAUUUGUGGAGGAUUUGUUGUUGCCACUUCCUUCAUUUCUGACCUAACAUUUUUAUUUAUUGUUGUAGACUUUGGACAAUAAUACUCAGAUGACAUCUUGUAGUGUGUUACAUUGCUUCAUUUAACGAGUCAAUUGCAAGAAACCACCACAUUUGUGGCUAGGUUUGCAGGAAACUACCAAGUCGUUAAUCUGUUGCAAAAAACACCGUAAAAUCUCUUAACCCGUUGCAAAAAGCACUGAACAGCCGUUUAGCCUCGUUUGAUCUCUUUUCCGACAGGUGGGCCGCGAAAACGCUGACGUGGCGUGCGGACAGGCAAACGGCGCCGUUAGGAAAGAAAACGGUCAACACGCCGCGCGGUCGGUCCUGUCGGUGCUCGCCAGACAGAUGCCCCGCGCCCUCUCUCUCUCUCUCUCUCGCCCCUCUCCUCUGCCUCCUCUCUCUCGCUCUGGUCGCCGUCGGUGAGAAGCCAGCUGGCCGCCGUCCGCCAUGGUUUCGUGGAGCGACGACAGCGAGGAAUCGGGCUACGAGUACUCUUCAGGCGGCUCCCCUAUCAAGAUCCCGGCUACAAUCGAGGACCCGAACUACUCUGGUGUUGAUGAUGAGGUGAUGGUGAUGUGUGAGCAUGGCCAGCCGGCGAAGAGGCAUGUUUGCUUUGAAGGGAUUAGCACUGGGAGGAGGUUCAUUGCCUGUGGACUUGAUGAAGCAAGCAGUUGUGGUGUUGUUCAUUGGGUAGAUGAGGAGUGGCCAGAGCAUCUGCAGAAUGCUCUUCACAAACUAUGGCUUUUGUAUGAGGAUUGCCAGCGUGCUAAUAGGAUGGCAUGUCUGGAACAUUCAUCACUUGUCCACAAUCUCACAUCACAGAAGAACAAGCUACAGGAGACUUAUGAGAAGCUUGUUGAGGAUGUGAACAACCUACUUGAUACCCAGGACAAUAUUCCCAAGGAAAAUGAAGUCCAACAAGGUGAACAUGAGGAGAUCACUCCUCCUUUGGACAACAAUAUUUCAGCUUUGAAGGAACAGCUGGGUGCAAUGGAUGCUGAGAACAAAGAACUGAAGCAAAAGGUUGACCAGUUGAAGAGCAUUCAGGUUGCCCAAGGUAAUGUGAUUAGGAAUCUGAAGUUUGCUCAUUUGAAGGAGAAGGAAAAGUUGAGCACUGAGAGGAGGAAUUUGGAGUUUCACAUUGCUGAUCUUGUCAAAGCUAGUGACAAGAACAAGAGAAAGCUGAAGGACAUCAAGGAUAUUUGCGAUGAAGAGUGAUUUGUAAUCUGACCAUGUGGGUCAUUAUCUUAGGUUUCAAGCAUUGAACUAUGGCUUGUAAUGUGUGAACUAGUGGCAGUUUGCAGUAUUUGAAGUAGGGUGUAGCCUUGAACUAUGUCUUGUAAGCUUUGAACUAUGGUGUCAUGAUGUUAACUAUGUUGUUAACUA